CAUUCAACAUCAGUUGCCAGUAAGCACAACAAAUGAAAUAAACUACAACACGAUCGAAAUGUUUUCACGAUUUGUCACUUCGAGCCUAAUUUGGCGUCGUAGCUUUUCGGUUUCGACUGUUCGCCAGAGGGAUGCCUGCUACAAGGCCUUUGAGGAGAAGGUACGGGAAUACCGCCUCAAGAGUCCGGAUGGCAAACCUGUAGAUCCCACUCCCGAAUAUUACCAAGAGUUGGAGGAGGCCAUGUGCAAGUUGGGCGAAAAUUAUGGUGGUGGCGAGGGCGUGGACUUGCUCGAGUUUCCCAAAUUUCAAAUACCCGAUUUAGACAUCGAUCCCAUUUCGGUUUUGGAGCUACCUGAAAAUAAACCAAAGAAGGACAAGGAAGCUAAUGAAGUUGAGGCCAAGGAUGCAAAAGGUAAAAAGGACAAAGAUGACAAGGACAAGAAGGCGAAAGCCGUAGGGAAGGACGAUAAGAAAGAUAAGGACAAGAAGGAAAAACCAAAAACUGAUAAGAAAAAAUAAGCCUAUAUAUAUGAAUAUUUUUUCCAUAUUUUUAAAAAUUUCUUAAUGUAGAGUCUACAUUGUAGAUUCCCAAUAAAGUUCGUUUGUAGUUCCACUGUA